AUGGGAAGAAGUUGCGUUCUUCUCUUUGCUCUUGCGGUUUUCAUUCUGCUAAUUCAUGUCCAUACAUCUUUGUCUACUGUUCCAAAUAUUAGUAAUGAUGAAGCUGCUCUUCUUGCCUUCAAAUCUCACAUUUCUUUUAGUCCUAACAACAUCUUAGCAACCAACUGGUCUUCUUCCACCCCUGUUUGCACCUGGAUUGGAAUCACUUGCAGCUCCCGACACCAUCGAGUCGCAGCUUUAAACAUUUCCAGCAUGCAACUUCAUGGUACCAUUCCUCCACACCUUGGAAACCUCUCAUUUCUCAUUUCCAUUAUAAUCGACAACAACACUUUCCAUGGAGAGUUGCCAAAAGAGUUGGCUUAUUUGCAGAGGUUGAAACUGAUCUCGGUCAGAAGUAAUAACUUUACUGGUGCCAUUCCAACAUUUCUAAGUCUGUUACCAAACCUUCGCAUCGUGCAUCUUUCGAGCAACCAAUUUUUCAGUGAAAUCCCAUCUUCCCUUUCCAAUAUAACACAGCUGCAAGUGUUGGAUUUAUCCAAAAAAUUUCUUGAAGGGGAGAUCCCUCAAGAACUCGGUGAUCUUCAUCACAUGACUUUGUUCAAUCUGGAAAAUAACCAGCUUACUGGCUCUAUACCACCAUCAAUCUUUAACAUUACAACAAUGAAAAAGAUUGGUCUCACCUACAAUAAUCUUACGGGUAAGCUUCCAGCAACUAUAUGUGACCAUCUUCCAAACUUGGAAGAGCUUCACCUCUCAGCCAAUCACAUACAUGGCGUUAUUCCACCAAACAUAGGAAAAUGCAGAAAGCUCCAAAUCUUGUCAUUAUCUAUAAAUGAGCUCACUGGAACUGUACCAAGAGAGAUAGGCAAUUUAACGGCACUUACAAGCUUAUACCUUGGAACUCUGCAUCUGGAAGGAGAGAUUCCAGCAAGCAUUUCUAACAUGUCAGAACUGCAGAACUUAGGAUUUGACAGAAACAGGCUUUCAGGAGAGAUACCAAUGGAACUAGGUUAUCUUCAGAAACUACUGUUUCUGUCAUUAGACACAAAUGAGUUGACUGGUUCUAUCCCUGCAAGCAUUUUCAACAUGUCAGCACUGCAGAUCUUAGGAAUUGCAGAAAACAGGCUUUCAGGUGCUCUACCUUCAGAUUUAGGUCGUGGAAUGCCCAACCUAGACGGAUUCUAUUGUUAUCACAAUUGUUUGAGUGGUUUUCUCCCUGCUUCUAUCUCAAAUUCUUCAAGACUCAGAGUACUUGAACUCUCAUAUAACAGUUUCACAGGCCCAAUUCCUGAAUCAGUUAGUGACUUAGAAUACAUUGAGGUUUUGAACUUAGAGGCGAAUAAUUUUGUCAGCAAUUCAGCAUUGAGCUUCUUGACAUCUUUGGCAAACUGUAGGAAACUGAAAGAAAUCACUUUUGCCGAGAAUCCCUUGGACGGUUUUUGCCUGCCUCCAUUGGAAAUUUCUCUGAUUCUCUGCAAAUUUUCCAAGGAUGGUAUUGUAAACUGA